AAACUAUGGAGAAGAAGAAUCUUCAUUCUUGAGAGUUGAGAGGUAAAAGUUUAAAGUUUAAGCAUACUGCACCUGCUUCCUCCUUUAACACGCCGAAUUCAUCUUCCAGUCUGAGGCACACAACACAUCCAAACCCUAAACCCAACCCGCAAAAUUCUAGGGUCUGUGUUUGCGGUUCUAUAAUGUCUCAGAACGGGAAGCUCAUGCCGAAUCUCGACCAGCACAGCACCAAGCUCCUCAACCUCACUGUUCUUCAGCGCAUCCACACCUUCGUCGAGGAAAUCCUCAUCACCGCUGCAUACGUUAGCUUCUACGAGUUCAACAUCGACCUAUCCCAAUGGAGCCGCAAGGCCGUCGAGAUUAAUCCUGAGAAGGAAGCAUGGAACCUCAAAGUUAGGGUGAUUAGGCUUUGGACUGUUUCUACUUUCACUGGUCAGCUUGUCCCAAACUCCAUGGAAAUGAUUUUGGUUGAUGAAUCUGGGUGCAAGAUACAAGCUACUGUUCGGAAGACUAUGAUUUACAAGUUCAAACAACUUCUCUCCGAGGGUCGAGUAUAUGUAAUGAAGCUCUUCUCUGUUGUGCCAAACCAAGGAUCUUAUAGGGCCACUAGGCAUCAAUUUAAGUUGAUUUUCCAGUUUAGGACCACUGUUAGGGAUGCUAUCUGCGAUUUUAUUCCAAAAUCUGCUCUUACAAUCUCUCCAUUCAUUGAACUUUUGGAAACCAAAGAGGAUUCUGAUUUCUUAGUUGAUGUGGUGGGUCUGUUGGUCUCUGUGUCGGAAGAGAAAGAAUAUGAUAAAGAUGGAAAGAAGAUGAAGAUGGCUGUGAUGGAACUUGCUGAAAAUGAUCACAGGAUUCGGUGUGCCUUAUUUGGUGAACAUGUUGACGAACUUAAUCGAUUUCUGUCUUCUGGGUAUGCUGAACAGCCAAUUGUGGUUUUACAUCUUGCCAAAGUUAAGUUUUUUAGAGGUAGAGUUGGACUUCAGAAUGUUAUGUUUGGAUCGAAGCUUGGAUUUAAUCUUGACAUCCCAGAGGUGGCAGCUUUUCGGAAAAGUUCUAUUCCUCAUGGAGUUAGUGCAUCCCAACCCAUUGGCAUUGUUGGAUCUGGAAAAAAUAUCGGAAUAGAAGAAGAUUUUAUGAAGCUCACACCUAGGUGUACUGUGAAGUCGCUUGAUGAUAACAACCGGGCUGGAACCUUUGUUGUACUAGCGAAGAUAGCUGAAAUAGUUGAAGAUGGUCCUUGGUGGUACUCUGCUUGUGUGUGUGGCAGAGGUGUUCAGGCAGAAUUUGGGAUAUAUUUUUGUCAAUUUUGCAACAUCCAUGUUACAAAUGUGACUCCUAGGUUUAGAGUAAAGGUGUUAGUUGAGGAUUCCACUGGUGUUUCUAUUUUUGUCCUCUUUGAUCGUGAGGCAAGUUACCUACUGAAUAAGACUUGUGCCCAGCUGUUUGAAUAACAUCUUAAGGAUGUUGAUGUUGUGUUUGGCACACAGUCUCUCCUAUAUUCCAAGAAUUUGUUGGAAAAACUAUGCUGUUCAAGGUUCUUAGUAGGCCUGUUGGGAUGGAGAAAUUCAAAGGGACUUAUCCAGUGAGGCGUGUUUGUGAUGAUGCUGCAAUACUUGAAAUGUUUGAGCUCUCUGGUUCAGAUUUGAGUCCUGAAAAGGCUGAGUUUGUACGAAAAGGAGAGGGAUAAUUUGGGGAACCCUCUAAGGUUACCAAAUCACCGAAUUUGGGAUUGACUCCUUCCAGGUGUUUCGAGCUCUUUGCUGGUUCGCCUCAAUGUACCCAACCAGAAUCAAGUGUUGUUGACUUGGGAGCUGAUGAAGAUGCUAAGUGUCCUCUCCUCAAGAGAAAGUCUGCUGAUGCUGUGGUGGAUAAGUUUAAUGAAGUGGAUAGUUCUGAAAAUUCAUGUGAUGAAGUUGAUGAAAGUGAAGAGGAGUAUGUGGCUGGCGUUAAUAGAGGCUCUGUUGAUGCUGAGAAAGAUGUGAAGCCUUCGUUUAAGAGGUUAAGAAGAUCCUUGAGGCUGCAAUUUGAUGAAGCUGAUGAGUCUCGUGGCUCGGAGAAUGAUGGCUCCUCUGGACAUGGGGUUAAUUGAGGUAGCUGCCCAUGGCAGUUAACUAGAGCUACUGAUUAGGACUAAUCUAAGGCAUUAUGUAUUUUGGUUGUGUCCGUGUAAUAGCAUUUGAUGCAUUGGAUUCUAGUGGAUGAGAAUAUGUGUGUGUUGUCAUGUUUUGUAUAAGUUGUUUGGAUUGUUUUUUGGGCAUCUUUUUCAUGUAAUAAAUUAAGUGCUAGGGUUUGGACACAAUAUCAUUAGCCACUAAGCAAAUUAGCUAUUUAGCCCUUUAUGUUUGUACUUAUUUCUUUGAAAUUCAAUAAAAUGCAGUAGCUCUUUAAUGAUA